AAUUUAGUAAAUACAACCCCGACCGCCCACGGUCGGCACGCCGGUGGUCGAUCGAGGCCAGUCUGUGCGUACCGCUCGAAUAGUACGGAGCCUGUCGUGGUCUGUGUUUUGCUAUUUGUCUUAUCUUGUCACCAAAAUUCUAUCAUCAGAAGUGGGAUUGAAUCUGCGUCCACGCUGUAAAAGAUAAGUAAAUAAAUAAAUCAUCAUGGAAGGGCUUGGUGCUAGUACCUCAACCAAGGAUUUUCUGACGGAGCUAGUUAAGGCUCUCAAAUCAUCGCGCACAGCACCUGAACAAGUAGAUUUACCAAUUUUCAGACCAGAUUUGAGCGAUGCAAAAAAAUGGCUGGCCGAGGUAGAAAGUAUAAAAAGUGAAUUUGAAUGGUCUGACCAACAGACUAUCGUGAGGUUGGGUCGAUUUUUAACGGGAAUAUCUAAAACGUGGUUUGAAAACUGGGCACCAGAUGUAAAAAACUGGGACACUUUUGUACGUGACUUUUUGGAGGCGUUUCCACCCAAAAAAAAUUUUGGGUGAAUUACUUCUGAAAGCGGCUCAAUUCAAUAGUCACAACUGCAAUACGUACGAGGCGUACGUCUUUGAGAAAGUUACUCUGCUUCGAAACCUACGGGCACACUGGGACGAGACAGAUCUUGUUGAGAUAAUCAUCCACGGAAUUAUGGAACGUGACGUGCGUGUCACUGCCGGCAAUCAGAAUCAUAAAAAAAU